AUGCCGCCCUUCUUCUCCUUCGACCAGGGCAAUGAGUCUGCUCCGCGUCACAGCUACGCCAACGAUGCGUCACCGCUCCUGGGACGCUUCCGUGCCGUCCCGCGGACAGACCAGAACAGCAACUAUGCUCGUCGCAUUGGCGGCGGCGGAGGCGGCGUCGGGGGACAGCUCGCCGGCUUGAUUCCCUGGCGAGGCAGCGUGCAUAUCGGUUACGGUGCGCUUCUUGCGCAGCAACUUGAGGAUGCGGAUGACGAAGACGACUCAGACGGCGAAGAGCUUGACGGAGAUGAGAGCUGGCUAGUGCGAUGGACGCACCGAAUAUGGCGUAGGAUGGAGGAUCUGUGGGUGACGCCAAAGCAGGCUGCUGUGAGAAAGGUUGCAGACGUUUGGUGGAGUCGUUGGUUUGUGCCGUUGGCUGGUGUGCUCUACCAUUCCCGCAAUAUCCGCUACCGGAGGAUAACCAAGAUCAUGCAUUCAGUGAGAGAGGCGUACGCUGAGAUUUAUUUGCGCACAUUGCCGCAUAAGAAUUUUGACACCGUCGUAUACGUCUACGGAUGGAUUCUAACCGUGCAUCUCUUGGAUGGCCUCACAGGCUGGAUCUUGGGAGGCAACGAAGGAGAGCGGGUGGGAAGCUAUCCUCUGAGUUGGAUAUUCAAACUAUAUUUCAUGCUGACAUAUCAAACCUACGUCCGCGCUCUGUACGCCCGCCUGCGGUCGCCCUCCCAGUUCGUGUUGCUGCAAGUCCUCUCCUCCACCAGCCUCAUCGUCAUCACGCCCAUCCUCAUGUCCGCGCCUUUCCACUGGCUCCUCACCGUGCUCAAGUUCAACGGCCAGUCCUACGGCGCCUACCAGAAGCUCGCGAUCCGCAACGUCUUCAUACGCUUCCUCGCGGAGAACGCCAGCAUGCUCACCUUCCUCGGCUCCGUCGUGGUGCUACACUUUGGCGCCAACCGGGACGUCUACCCGUACUUUUCCUUCGACGACGCCGCCGAGGACCAGCCCGCCAGCAACCCGGACGAGUACACGUUCCAGCUGACCUUCUACGCCUCCAGCAUCACGUGGGCGUGCGAGCUCGUCGCGAGCUUCGUCGUCGCCGGCCUGAUCCGCUGGAUCUUCGGCGUCAACGUCGUCACCGAGGGCAAGCUCGACCUCGCCGUGUGGCCGGAGCUGCUGCCCACCAGCGUGGCGGUCAUGUUGCAUGUGCUGCAGAACAUGCUGUUCUCAAUCAUCCGGUUACAGUUCCGCUAG